AAUGCCGAAACGAGCAGAUUCCUUUUGUCUCCUCCCAUGUCUCCUUGUCUUGUUAUUGAGUUCAGUCUUAGGAGUCAUAGAUGAUCCUCAAAGUAAACAAGUGUAUGUUGUGUACAUGGGCUCACUUCCCUCUCAACUGGAAUACACACCAACAUCGCAUCAUAUGAGUAUUCUUCAAGAAGUCACGGGAGAAAGUUCGAUGGAAGGUCUUUUGGUGAGAAGUUACAAGAGGAGUUUCAAUGGGUUUGCAGCCCGGCUCACUGAGUCAGAACGACAAAGAGUAGCGGAAAUGGAGGGAGUUGUGUCUGUGUUCCCAAACAAGAAGUUACAACUCCAAACGACAGCGUCUUGGGAUUUCAUGGGGUUGAAGGAAGGUACGAAUACAAAGCGAAACUUGGCCAUAGAAAGCGAUACUAUCAUCGGCAUGAUCGACACUGGGAUUUGGCCGGAAUCCGAGAGCUUUUCCGACAAAGGGUUUGGUCCUCCUCCCAAAAAAUGGAAAGGUGUUUGUUCCGGUGGCAAAAACUUCACUUGCAACAAUAAGUUGAUCGGAGCAAGAGACUACACAAGCGAAGGCGUCAGGGACAGAGAUGGCCACGGUACACACACAGCGUCCACAGCGGCUGGAAACGCAGUUGCGAAUACAAGCUUCUUUGGAAUAGGCAAUGGAACGGCAAGAGGUGGUGUUCCAGCUUCUAGAAUCGCAGCUUACAAAGUCUGCUCCGAGACAGAGUGUACCUCGGCAUCUGUACUGGCAGCCUUUGAUGACGCGAUCGCAGACGGUGUUGACCUCAUCAGCAUCUCUAUCGGGGGAAGGUAUCCCAACCGGUACGAAAACGACACGAUUUCGAUCGGGGCUUUUCACGCUAUGGCUAAAGGGAUUCUAACAGUGCACGCAGCAGGUAAUUCUCCGACUCUUCCGACUCCGGCCAGAAUCGUGAGUGUAGCGCCGUGGAUCUUAACAGUUGGAGCUAGCAACACAAACCGUGAGUUUAUCACCAAAGUUGUUUUGGGAAACGGCAAGACACUUGUCGGGAGAUCAGUGAAUGCUUUUGAUCUGAAAGGGAAGAUGUAUCCUCUUGUGUUCGAAGACUAUUUAACGAAAGGAAAGAUCUUGGUUUCCAGAUAUCCAUUUAGUGCAGAAGCAGCUGUUGCAUCCAUUUUUAGAGACGACUACGAAUACUAUGCCGACGUUAGCUCCACGCCCUUCUCUCUUCUACCACCAGACGAAUUUGACUCUCUCGUCUCUUACAUUAACUGCACAAAGUCUCCGCAAGGAUCUGUUCUGAAAACUGAGUCAAUCUUUAAUCAAACAGCUCCUACAAUUGCUUCCUUCUCUGCUCGCGGUCCAAACACCAUUGCAGUUGAUCUUCUUAAGCCAGAUGUAACAGCACCAGGAGUGGAGAUCCUCGCUGCCUAUUCACCUUUGUCUCAGCCAGCAUCCGAAGGGAUCGACAAAAGACGUGUCAACUACUCUGUUUUGUCCGGAACUUCUAUGGCUUGUCCACACGUUGCAGGCGUGGCUGCUUACAUCAAGACUUUUCAUCCUGAAUGGUCUCCUUCCGUGAUCCAAUCUGCUAUCAUGACAACUACUUGGCCAAUGAAUGCUAAUACAACUGUCUUGACAUCAACCGAUGUCCUUGCACCAACCGAGUUUGCUUCAGGAGCUGGACAUGUCGACCCAAUAGCUGCUUUAAAUCCUGGACUUGUCUACGAACUGACCAAAUCAGACCACAUCGCCUUUCUCUGCGGGUUGAACUACACUUCGAAAACCCUUCAACUCAUCGCUGGUGAAGCUGUAACUUGCAGUGGAGAGACCUUACCAAGAAACCUAAACUAUCCUUCCAUGUCAGCUCAAAUUUCUAAAACUAAUAGCUCCUUCACUGUGACUUUCAAAAGAACCGUCACCAACCUCGGUACCCCCAACUCUACAUACAAAUCAAAGAUCGUCUUAAACCGUGGAUCUAAGCUCAGUGCCAAGGUCUCGCCUAGUGUUCUUUCUUUCAAAAGGGUGAACGAGAAACAGUCUUUCACAGUAACUGUUUCAGGCAACAAUCUCAACCGAAAACAACCUUCGUCUGCAAACCUAAUGUGGUCUGAUGGAACACAUAACGUGAGAAGUGUCAUUGUUGUUUACACUGAUGAUUAUAGGUCACCAUAGUCAUCAUUAUCAUAAUA